GACCAAGAAGAAGAGGAGAUUUUGCGGAUGAGCGAGAAGGGGUUCGUAAUGUUUUGUGGCGGGAAGGGGGAAUGGUGGAAGGUUUUUUAUCAGGGGAUGAUGGGAUCGCUUCAUGGAGAAGGCGGGGGAAGAAUGGGUACAACGCAGCCAUUGCAAGAUCAAGGGGAUUAGGGGGCGUGACAUGGACGAGGACGCCUGUGGUGGGGAAGACCAUCACCGUCACCACGCACCGAGGCAUCUUCUCGAUCUUAUCAUCCGGACAACGAACCCGCCCAUUGCCCGGCAGGAGCGCCCACGCACAAGCGCAAUGCUAUCCAAAUCAACUAUGCCUCUCCAACGCGGAUCCUCGUAUACCUCGCACCGGCCCCACGGACCCUUAUUGAAUCAUCUGCUGCCCUCAAACUAAAGGCCUUCAAUGAAACACACGCCUCUGAUACGGCCCCGUUUACCAUCUCCGUAGGACUAACACCACUGCCCAGGCUCCCGCUGCCAAUCUACAAACGCUUACACCAGGACCGCCACAGCCCAGCGAUAGCGCCUACGAGCCUUCCAUCGCCUUCCCUGCGCUGUCUAACUCUACCCAACCAGGUUCUUCCGCCGCUUCAGCCGAUGUAGUGGCGGAAUGCUAUAUCACAAGCACGAGUGGUUGCUUGCAGAGGCCUGUAGGGUCAUGUUUGAGGACUGGUAUCAGGAUGGGGAGACGGCGAGGGGGAUGACGUCUGUGAGGUACGCGAUGUGGGGAGGGAAGAUUGUUUAGGGUGCGGAGUAAGAGGAGCUGGGUGUGGGUUGAUUGUACAGCAUGGCACGUUCUGGAGUAUCGCAAGUUAUGUCGCU